CACGAGGAAAACAAGAACGUCGUUGAGCAGCGCUGAUCGAAGAAAGAACGAAACGGAAACGUCUCACAUCCACGCAAUGCAACGAUGGUUCUCUCCGUCUUCCAAUCGAUCGGUCGAUAUCGCCGUCUGCUGGUCGGUUUAUUGGCGACAGCGUCUUCCUCUUCGACCAAGCAGAAAUCUCGGUCUCCGAAACUUUUCACCUACCAACGAAGGCUGCCGCCUCUGGAAAGACUCCCGGCUGUUUCUGCUUCUGUUUCCCCCGUUUCCGACCAGACCGGAAAGACGAAACAAGUGCUGCCACCUCCACCAAACGCAUCCUAUGCCAACUCCAUCGGCGUCGUCUACACCAACGACGUCGACGUUGCCUUUCGGUGGGCCCAGAAACACCUCUGGAGCGACACCGAGGCUCCGAAGAUCCUUGGCUGGGACAUGGAAUCCUCGCCACGCCUGCCCUGGCGCGAAUCGAGUUACGGAAGCGACACACACUUCGGCCCCGCAACGAUCCAGCUGAGCACCCCCACCGAUUCCAUGGUCUUUCAGAUCGCCCAGGACGGGUUCGGUCCGAUCCACGAAACGACGGGACUUCCGGGGUUUCUCCACGACAUUCUAGACGACCCGAACCUCAUCAAGACGGGGGUUGGAAUCGACGAGGACAUGGUCGAGCUCUACCGCUGGUGCCGCGGCAUCGGGGUCGAAGAAGAGCGACUCUCCUGGGCGACGCGCGGGGGCGUCGACACCGGCGUCGCGGACCGGCCCGUGGAGCCACCCCUGCGCCGGUUCGAUCUCGGUGGAAUCGGUUCCAGCAAGCCGGGGGGCACGAUCGGGCUGGCCCGGCUAGUGGCCGGGAUCCUGGGCGUCGGCAUUCCCAAGUCCAGCAAGCUGGCCCGGAGCCACUGGUCCGCGGCCCCCCUCCGGGCAAGGGAGGUGGACUACGCCGCCCGCGAUGCCUGGGCCGCGGCCGCUGUUCUGCACCGCCUCUGCGAGCUCGAUCCGUCCCGGUUUUCUCCGAUCUCGAUCCUGCAGAGGCUGGCCGAGCUCGAGGGGAGCAAAGGCACGAAGAACAGGAUCCGACCCAUCGGCGAGGUCUCCGACCGCGCGGUCCAGAGGAAGGCCGUUAAGCUGGAAUGGAAGGCACUGAAGCCGCCGCGGCGGCGGAACGAAGACGGGAUCGAGGUUCCGCAAACGACCACAGAGGCAGACACCGAGCGGCUCGGGAUUCUGGCGGAACAGAUGAAGGCCCUGGCCCCGAUGCAACCCAUUCCGUACGAGAUUGAGGAAUCGCUGGGGGUGAAAAUACCCUGAGUUUCGCCGGGCCGGUGGUGCCGAACCAACGAACGAACGAACGAAGAAUGCGUGCAUUUCGUGUGGAGGAGAUGGGAGAAAAGAGAUCCACGGCAGGCAUUAUGGACCAACUCUUUCGAAUCGAACAGGCUGAAUGGGAAGAAAGCACUAAUGAAUCGUGCUCAAGGCUGGUGUAAAGAAGCAUGCUAGCCUCAAAGACUGGGCCUUCACACGACUAUGGCUUAAAAAAAGAGAAAAAAGUCUUUUAUAAUAC